AUGGAUCCUAAGUUCUUGACUUACAAUGGCGUCGUGCUUCGAAGAUCUGAUGUACGCAGUUUAGAAGAUUGUAACUAUUUGAACGAUGCCAUCAUUGAUUUCUAUUUUGCCUACCUGUUCGAGUCAUAUCAAUCUGACGACAUAUUGUUAAUAUCGACGAGUAUCUCUUUUUUGCUGGGCAACGCUUCUGACUGGGAUACUUUCGUAGCUACAGUGGAAUCUUUGAACUUUCAUGAGAAGAAACUCAUCUUCUUCACUGUCAACGACAACUCCAAUUUCUCCUCUUCUGGCGGGUCUCAUUGGAGCUUACUUGUGUACUGCAGAAAGCGAAAUUUAUUCAUGCAUUACGAUAGCCUUCACAUGAUGAAUAAUGAAUCUGCAUUCGCCAUCUACGAAUCUGUCAAUAGUUAUAUUAGUUAUGAUUCAGCUGAGUUCAUGGAAUGUCGAGCGCCUCGACAAAGGAACGAAUAUGAUUGUGGAUUGUACGUGAUGGAAAUUGCUAGAGUGAUUUACGAGCACUAUUUCAACUUUGAUCAGUUUCAAAACGAAGAUGAAAUUUGUGGGUCGUUUAACGUGGUCCAAAGUGUGAAUUGUAAACAUGUUGAGUCCAAUAUGCGGUCUGAAUCAAUAAACAUAUAUUUUUUUCAGUAG